AUGGCUCUCCGAAUCCCCUUUGACCAAGGCUUCUGGCAAGAAUACCUGUCGGGCCAAGAGGCCAAGCUCCCCGCGCUGCCGGACGUCGAGGAUGUCACGGAGCGCGUGAUCCGCAUCAUGGGUGGUAACCCUGGGAGCAUGCAGCUGCAAGGCACAAACACGUACCUCGUGGGGACGGGGUUGACGCGCAUCCUAAUCGACACGGGCGAGGGCCUCCCCGUCUGGAUCGCGCGCGUCAUCCAGCUGCUCUCGUCGCGCGGCCUCAGCAUCUCGCACGUCCUCCUAACGCACUGGCACGGCGACCACACAGGCGGCGUGCCCUCACUCAUCGCUCACGACCCCCGGCUCGCCACCUGCGUCUACAAGGCCCAGCCCGACAGCAACCAGCACCCCAUAGCCGACGGGCAAGAAUUCCGCGUCGCGGGGGCCACGCUCCGCGCCGUCUUUACGCCGGGCCAUGCCGUCGACCACAUGGUGUUCGUGCUGGCGGAGGAAGACGCCCUCUUCACGGGGGACAACGUGCUUGGGCACGGCUACGCCGUGGUCCAGGACCUAGGCCCUUACAUGGGCAGUCUGCGGCGGAUGCAAGGCCUGGGGUGCGAGCGCGCCUAUCCCGCCCAUGGCGCCACAAUCACCGACCUCCCGGCCAAGAUGGCCGAGUAUAUCCACCACAAGGAGGUACGCGUGCGCCAGGUUUGCGCUGCCCUGCUGAAGCGGAAGGUCGAGCUGGAGAGGGCCGGGCGCCGUGGCUUGGGUGGCUUGACUCUACGAGAGAUCGUGAGGGCUAUUUAUGGCCAUGUGCCGAAUGAGAUGGCUGACAAGGCGCUUGUGCCUUUCUUGACGCAGGUGCUGUGGAUGCUGGCCGAGGACGGUGUCGUGGGCUUUGAGCCAGGGGACCCGAUUAACAGGCGCUGGUUCGUUAAGCAGCAUGCCCCGGGUGCGAAGGGAUAUCUAGACUGA